CCACGUGCGAGGCUCAGUAUUGCUGCACAAGAGUCAGAACACAUUACCCCUACACUUCCUCUGCCCACUGCAGCGCUACCAGCAAGCCACUAAUUCUGCUGUGUGAUCAGAUAUUAUUGUCUUAAUACUGGUUUGAAACUGUGGAAGCAACAGUGCAGCAGCUGUUCUGCCAGAGUUAGGGUGUUUAGAAGCAUCAGUAUACAUGUGUAACCACGCUGGAGAAGUCUGAUCUAAAUACUGCUGUGCAAUCAUGUUCUUAGGGGUCUCUUUCUCAAUCUUACUUUUUAUUUGUAUUUGAAAAUCUACUAUUGGCGUAGGAAAAAUCCGACGUCACGCGCCUCUGACGAACCCGCAGACCCCGCCCACUCGCCGAAUACCGGCCGCUCAUUGGCUACUGGAGCUUUACGUCAUGAAAACAGGAAGUGUGCAGCGCUUUAACUGUGAGUAACGUGAACACGUGAUCGUCGUUUUACAGCGUUAUUAUGUGUUGUAGGUUCAUAAACGCGAUGUUCGUCGCUGAGACCGAGUGGAGAGCGUGAUGUCGGACUGUGAGCCGCUGGGGAAGCGCGCGAGGCUGCUGGGGUCCGAGGCCCCGCGUCACGGGACUGAAGAUGCAGAAACCCCGCAGAAAACAGCUCCUCCGUGCUCGGAUUCAUCUAAACUCCAGAAGAAGCGAGCGAUGAGCGACUCCAGGUGCAGCCGGACUCUGGAUAACUGGCUGCUGAAGCCCGUGGCGGCCCAGAGAAGCUCUCAGCAGCAGCAGCAGCAGCAGCCCGAACCUGCGGGCUCCGAGCAGGACAAACCCAGACCAACCGGUUCUGCGCCGGUCUCAGACGCUGCCGCGAACAGCUUCUUCUCUGAAGCUCCAGGCAAAGCCGCGCGCAGGAGGGCAGCAGCUGCAGCAGGGGCUGAUGGGAAGGCGUUCAGCGGUGAGGUCACCGGGCUGGGUGUUCCUGUCAGUGACCUGAGGAGAGCGCCGGGGUGCAGCGGCCCGUUACCCGCCCUGAAACCCACCGACAGCCACACGGUCCUGAUCAGGACUGAUUUGUUGCAGCCUGGUGAAGUUCCAGAGCCGUAUCCGUCUCCAGAUCAGCUGCAGGACCGCUGGGACGACACACACGUGAAACUACCCUGCUCCGAGCACAACCUGUUCCCUGUGGACCGUACGACGCUCCAGAGCCGAUGGGAUUUGAUCAAUAAAGCGCUGAGUGUCCCGUUCAGCUCUGCUCAUGAUGUGAAGGAUGCCAUUUUGAAAUAUAAUACGGGCCAAGCGAAGGGAUGGAACUUCACAGCACUGCAUGUGUACUGUAAGGGUCUGCAGGCGUCUGAAGCUCAGCAGAUGUUUGGAGAGCUGCUUCCAGCGAUGGCACAGCUGGCACUGAGAGCGCCGAGCCUCCUCACGCAGCCGAUCCCGCUGUUGAGGACGCAGCGCUGUCGAUCCCUCACGCUGUCUCAGGAGCAGGUCUCGUGUCUGCUGGCGAACGCUUUCUUCUGCACCUUUCCUCGACGAAACUCUCGACGGGCGGAGUUCAGCAACUAUCCUGACAUCAACUUCAGCAGGUUGUUUGAAGGUUCGUCUCAGAGAAAACAGGAGAAACUCAAAACCCUCCUGUGGUACUUUAGACGGGUCACGCAGCAGAGGCCCGCCGGUCUCAUAACGUACACCAGACAGUGUCUGCAGCGUCUGCCCUCCUGGUCGAGUUCAGAAAAGCAGUUCAGCAAGCUUCGCAUCAGCUGUGACGGAAGCAUAGAAGACCAGGGCUACGGCAUGCUGCAGGUGGACUUUGCCAACCGGUUCGUUGGGGGGGGAGUGACUGGUUCUGGUCUGGUUCAGGAGGAAAUCCGUUUCCUGAUAAACCCAGAGCUCAUCGCUGCUCGGCUCUUCACUGAAGCACUGGACGAUAACGAGUGUCUGAUCAUCACAGGUGCAGAGCAGUUCAGCAGAUACUCGGGAUACUCCGAUACCUACCGCUGGGAUGGUAACCAUGACGACCAGACGCCCAGGGACGAGUGGAAGCGCAGAUGCAAUGAGAUCGUGGCGAUAGACGCCCUGCAUUACAGAAACUUUCUGGAGCAGUUUCACGCUGAACACAUGAGCAGAGAACUCAACAAGGCCUUCUGUGGGUUUGUUCGUCCUGGAGUCCAGACGGAGAAUCUGUCCGCCGUCGCGACCGGUAACUGGGGCUGUGGAGCUUUCGGUGGAGACACGCGUCUGAAAGCUGUGCUGCAGAUGAUGGCGGCUGCGGAGGUUGAGCGUGAUCUGAUGUACUUCACGUUUGGUGACGCAGAUCUGCUCAGAGACGUCCAUCACAUACACACUCUGAUCACAGACGCUCACGCCACCGUAGGAUCUGUGUUCAGUUUGCUGCUGCAGUAUUAUGAGUGUGUGUGUAAGAAAACUACAAGAGGCAAACCUCAGGAAACACUUUACUGCUUCCUCUCUGAGCGCCUCUGAACUCUGACCUCUGACCCCAGCAGCUCGGACACACUGGGCUGUUUUCUGCACUCGAACGUCACUGUAUGUGCCUCAAUAAAGCUGUUUUAAAUGUCUGUCAGCUGUUUGUCUUUCGGUGUGCGCUGAGAGCAGAUGAAAGCUGGCCCCGCUGGGCUCCGUAUCGACUGGCCGCUCGCUGGCAGAACCCAGUCUUUGUAGCGUACGGAUUUCAAACGCACAUCUGCGCUCGGUGUGUCGGGCUUCUCUCUCUUCUGCUCCCUGAAUGAGUUUGACCUUAGAAACGACGGGCUCAUACAGUCACUGAGCGUCAAACACUCGCCUGAGCUCAGCCACAGAGAAACAGAAGGAUUCAAUCAUCACCUGUUUAACAGUUCUGCCCUGACAGAGAAGAUGAAUCAAGUCUUUUUAAAAGAGAAAAUCAUCUGUGAUUCCAAUCGGUUUGUCUGGAGAAGUCAACGUUGAGCUUGAUUUAGAUCUCAAUCUUUCAGAAUAAGCUCUGUGUGGAAGCAGAAUAAACGGCUGAUCUAGUGUUUAGUGUGCAGCGCUGAAGCAGACCUGCUUCGGUGUAGAUCUGUUUAUUUUUACGUCUGCUCCAUUAGAGAGGGUGCAUAAGUAGUAUUCAUGCCGUCUUUGCAUCAGUCAUUCAGUUCAACAAAUUAAUUCACAUUCAGUUAAAGUGGUGCAGAUUUAACACUGCAUGACACAUCUUCAUCUGCUUCAUCAUGUUUUAUCCUGCAUGUUUUUUAGUAAACAAAAUAAAUAUUAAUUUAAAAUUCCCAUUAUGAUUUAAAACAGGCAUAAUGAAUCAGUGAAUGGAAAUUAAAAGAGAAUAAAUCGCACAAUAAUUCCAGAUUUAUAAAAUACACAUGGGCCUCGUCUUCACAGAGACUCGCAUACACACUCAGAGAUUUAGAAAUAUUAACAAAUAGAGACAUUACAAUCUGUGAUUUAUUAGUGAAUCUCCACAGACACUCCUGCUCUCUCUGAUCCUGAUCUGUGUUUCUCUGAGACCGCAGGACUGAUGAACAAUCGUGAAUAAGCUGAGACGCGUUCUCUUGUUGUGAAGUGUGUGUGAACAGAAGAGGAGCGACACCGUAUUUACCCGCAGU